GAACUUUGGCACAACACGUUUACUUUCAGCAUCUUCUUAGUGAGAAAAUAUUUAUAUAUACAUCUCAAAGGACGAUUAUUUGUUUAUUUGUGUGACUCGUCUCACUCUCUACAGCUUUAUGAAAUCUCAAUCAGGGAUGAAGUUUGUUUGUGUGACUCUCCUGGUUUUUUACAGCUUUAUGGAAUCUCAGUCAGAUCAGUUAAAGGUGGUUGGCUCAAAAGGUCCUCUUGUUGCUGUAGCUGGCAAAGAUCUGGUUCUGCCGUGUUUUAUCAAACCCAACAUCAGUGCUGUGAACAUGACAGUGGAAUGGUUCAGACUACAUGUAGAGGAUUCAUUAGUGCAUCUCUAUAAGGAUCAUGAAGACCGAUAUGAAAAGCAGGCUCAGUCCUACAAAAGAAGAACAUCACUGUUUAAAGAGGAGCUACAGAAAGGCAACGCUUCGCUCAAACUCUCAGCUGUGCGACUCACUGAUGAAGGAGAAUAUAAGUGUCUCGUUGAGGACAAAUCCUGGUAUGACGACAUCACUGUUCAGAUCAUGGUUGAUGCUCUGGGAAGUCCCCCUGUGAUCACGAUGGAGAGUUACGAUAACUCAGGAGGGGUUAAUCUAGUAUGUGAGUCCAGAGGCUGGAAACCUGCACCUAAUGUUUUGUGGCUGAACAGUGAAGGAGCCCCUUUGCCUGCUGAAGAGACACAGAUACACAGAGACACUGAGGUCUUCAGUGUGAAACGCCGCAUCACUGUUCAUGAUUAUAGUGAUUCCAACAGAUUUUACUGCCUACUACAACAAAAACAUCACAGGAUUGAGGCAGAGAUCAUCGUUAAUAGUAAAGUCUUUGAGGCUUUGUAUUGCAGCAAGUUGGCUGUUGGCAUUUCAGUGACAGCAUGUCUUAUUGCUUUUGGAGUGAUGGUUACUACACUUAUCUGUUACAAAAAAGAGCUUCAAAAACAGAAGCAAAGGGCAGCUUUAGAGCUUCAAGAGGGGAUGCAAAAAACAGAGUUUAUAAAGAAGAAGAAGUUUUCAGUGAAUGUGACUCUGGAUCCUGAUACAGCUCAUCCUAGACUCAUUCUCUCUGACAAUGGCAAAGAAGUGUGGAGUGGAGAUGCACCACAGGAUCUCCCUGUUCCAGAUCACCGGAGAAAGCGCUCCCGUCGCCGAGGCAAAUGCAGCGGUUGUCAAGUGAAGCUUACGGCCUGUUUGGCAUGUUUUCCCAAAACCUCCCGGCUGAUCUAUGGAACCGAUCAGUAUCUUAUUAUGUCUCUGGGUUUCAGGAGCCCUGGGCUUAUCUCAGCCCACCCGCGACAGUAAACAGAAUGACCAGGAUGGGCCUGGUAAAUGUUAAAUAACCAACAAAACUUUCAUUCUAAAAGAGUUUAUCACCUCAUGUAUUUUGGACUUUCUUUUUAUUACGGAGAUGUGGCUGAGUAUGGAGUGAUAUCCCGGACAUUUUUUUUUGUGACAUAAUUGAAAUGCAUUUCAUAAUUGAAAUGCAAUUGCAAACUUUGCAUUACCAUUUGCUAUUUCACCUUUGCAAAUGCACACUGACUGCCAAAUUUCAAAUAAAAAAGCAUUUGUAUUUUCCAUGUCUUACAAGUCAUGAGCCUGUCAUAUUUAAAUAGCAAAAUCAAUUACCAUGUUUGUGGUAGUGACGUCACUCGCAGUCGCCGACCAAGAGGGGGAAAAAUUUAAACAAUGGUGGUGAACCGCAGUAAAGUUGGUGUUAUGCGCUAAAAUUCCCCCCUGCCACGGAUUGCACCCCCCACAAAAUCUCUAUCUAAUACUGUAUAUUAGGGCAUAUAUAGGGCAUAUAUAGGGCAUAUCAAAUGUGUUAUAUUAUUAUUAUAAAAUAUGAUAAUACUAUUAUAAUUAACCCUAGGCACGUGACAAACUAAUACACAAAAAUUCAGACACGUAAUACAAAUUCUCAUAUUUGUCAUUGACUACAAUGCCACAUCACUGAGGGUGUUUAAGUUUUAAAACUUACAAAAUCUUAAAACUCACUUGUUUUCUCUGGCGUUUAAACCAACAUGAGAUGUUGAUUUUAUAUAUUAUGGUUAAUUACAUACGCGUGAUGCUAUUUUAAUUCUGUCUUUUAUAUUAUUUUAUUUAAUAUUUGUCUUUUUAUAUUAUUAUUUUAUUAUCUAUGUGAAGCACUUUGGGGCAUUCUUGUUAAUGUGAUAUACAAAUAAAGUUGAGUUGAGAAACAUUUUUAAUGUACUGUAAAAAAAUGAACACAGUUUUCAGUUUUCUCCUCUUACUGGGAGCUGGGACAUGCAACUGACAGAACUGUAUGCACUUUUAAAUAGUGGGCUCGUAUUCCAAAACACUCAUGAAUCAAAGCAAAUUUUCUCAUAGAAAAUAAUAGAAACUUAAACUAUUUGUUCCACAGCCAAAAAAUAAAUGAAUACAUAAAAAUAAUUAAUACAAAAUAUAAAGUUAAAAUAAAACAAAUUAACCUGCACUUUAAAAAAAGGAACAAAUAAAUCUCGACAACUAAGUGUUUCCGUUAAUGUGUGCAGGCGCUGUGUGUGUGUGUGUGGGUGUGUGUGUGUGUGUGUGUGUGUGUGUGUGUGUGUGUGUUUGUGUUUGUUUAUGUGUGUGAAGCUAAAGUAAAAGGAGACUCUUAUAUUUAGCCCCUUAGCCUGUCGUUAUGUGUGUGCGUGCGCAUAAUUUGACACCGUGCUGGUUCCCACACUCUCUCUCCAAUUUCCCUGCUAGUCUUUAUAACAUUUAGCCAAUCUUAACCUAUUUUAGUCUGGACAUUUUAGUUGAGUUUUAGUCAGAGGAAUCCUUAAGUAUUUUAGUUUAAUCUAGUUUAGCCAGAACCAUUUUUUAAAGGUUUUCCACAAAAUUAUUAUCUUAACAUUUAAAAUGUAUCUUUUCAUCUGAUAUUUUCAGCUAAUUAUAUUUAUAUUUAACCAUCACAUCAACUACUACAUGUCCAUAUCACUACAAAACAAUAGGAGCAGUAUGGACAGUGUUUCGAACUCUAUUUAUAUAUAUGAAUUUACACAUUUGGACUGUUGUAAGGAUAGCUCCCAUGGGUUACAAUUAUUUGCUAACAUAUUAGUGUGUUUGGCCACAAUUUAAUUAUAAAAAAAAAAUCUCAACAUAAUUACCACAAAGAGGCUGUAAAACUCGUUGAUUAUUAAAAUGAGCCCAAACAUCCACUUUUCUCAACACUGCUGUCAUGGAGAAGAGUUAAAGAUGAACUUAUAACACCCCGUCACUGCGAGCACAAACUACUCCUGAAAUGUCGCACACCAUGACCGAGGAAACACUGCUGCUCAUGCCGUAAUAAAUGCACGCCAUAUCGCAGUGGAUUGUGAUGAAAAUUGUAUUUUGAACAGACAUUUGUUUUAUUAGCUUUUGUUUAAACCACAUUUUAAUCUCAUCUUUUUUUAUCAACAAUAUUGCAUGCUGAUUUUGUCACUGUCACUGUUUAUUAAUGUCUUGUUAUUGUCUCGUCUUAGUCACGGGAAAAAAGUUUUUCAACGAACAUUUUUUUUUGUCAUUAUUUUUGUUGAUAGAAUAAAGUAAAGCUUUCAUACCAGCUUUAAUCUGAGCAUCUGUUAAUUGAUUAAUUUGAGGCUGUAACUCUAAAUGAAAUAUACUUCUUUGCAGAAGAUGUAAGUUUUGGUCUUGUCUCUCUUCAUGAGAGCAAGUUUCAUCACGGUGCUUGAUGGCUUUUACAAAUACACUUGACAAUACCAUUCUUGCAUGUGUUUUCAUAGUUUUGGGUAAAAAAAAAACAGUUUGUGUUGCUGGUUGUUUUGCAGUGCCUUGCCUAGAAAAAAAAAGUAAAAGAAAAUUGCUAAAUGCUUUUCAAAAUUUUAAAGUGUUUAUCAUUUGUAUAAACACUGCAUGGUAGACACUUUAAACAAUAUUCCAGUACAGGAUUAUUAACAUAUGACUAUAUUUAAAUAUUACAAAUGUUCUUUGUU